AUGUCGGAAAAGGAAAGGAGAAAACUACUGAACAAAUUAAAUAACUUGUUUGAGAAUUUGUACAAGAUAUAUGAUAACAACGAGCCUAUAACAAAGCAUUUUCAAACACUUCCUUUGAGGACAGGCACUGACUAUUAUAAAGUCAUAAAGAACCCCCUCUCGCUUCAUGCUAUAGGGAGGAAAUUGAAGCAGCUCAAGUAUGUUGAUGCGCAGGAGUUUAUUGAUGAUUUGGCGUUGAUUUCGUGGAAUGCAAGGUUCUACAACUUGCCUGGAUCCGAUGUGUAUAAGCAUGCGCAAAUUUUGAAGCAGUACAUUGUCGAUACUGUAAUUCCCAAAUUGAGAAGUGAAAAAUCCAUUCCUAAUGCAUCAAGUUUGCUUUUCCCUUAUAUCGGCGAUUUGCCAGAUGAAAGAAAACAGGAUAUGGCUGUUGUAAACUCAUUACCAUUUGAAACUCAAGGUUUGCCACCCACCAAAAUUCAACACUAUCAAGAGAACUCGCCUAUCGUGAAAACCGAUGACUAUGAAAUGAGCGUUACGCCUCAAGCUGAACCGGUUUCCAUGUCUAAACCAUUAGCUUCUUCAGGCUACGCGAGACAGUCGCCAUUUACCACUCCUAAGCCUAGUCGGGUUUCUAAAUAUGCCCAGAGCGCGGGACAGGCAGAAACCGGUAUAAGGAGGGGGCGUCCCCCAAUUAUAGAUAAACCAUUUGAGACUCGUAUAAAGUUUAUUUUGAAGGGGUUCAAGAAACUUCGCGAUAGCAGAGAUCGUCCAUUGAUUAAAUAUUUCGACAAGUUGCCAGAUAGUAAAAUUUAUCCGGAUUAUUAUCAGAUCAUAACCAAUCCCAUAAGUUUGAAUGAAAUCCGAGUUAAGGUGAGGAGUAGGAAGUACGCAAACGUGGACCAGUUCAUAGAUGAUCUAGACUUGAUGUUUGCAAAUUUCCAACAAUACUUCCAAAAUGAUCCAUAUAGUGACGAGUUUAUGGAUUAUCAACAAGUCAAAAAAGAGGCCAAUAUUAUUGUACAGAAUGAGUUGAGCAAGUCGGAUAAGGAUGUACUUUUAGCCACAUCGUCUUCAAGUGAUGGUAUUUUGAGAUUUCCGUUGGAGUCGUUGGAAGUGGAUGGCUACUCCUACAAGAUUGGUGAUUGGGUGCUUAUGAAGAAUCCCGCAGAUCUGGAAAAACCUAUUGUGGGACAAAUCUUUCGUAUAUGGUCGACAGAGGAUGGGAAGAGGUAUUGUAACAUGUGUUGGUACUAUCGUCCCGAACAAACGUGUCACGGUAUUGAUCGAAUAUUCUUUCAGAACGAAGUUUGCAAGACUGGGCAAUAUAGAGAUCAUUUAAUCGAUGAUAUAGUUGGUCCAUGCUACGUUUUGUUUUUGACAAGGUAUCAAAAAGGUGACUUACCGGAGGGGGUAAUUCCUUCCACAGCACCGUGGUUUAUUUGUGAGUUUAGAUACAAUGAGAACACUCAUGUUUUCAAUCGUAUAAGAACAUGGAAAGCGUGUUUACCUGAUGAAGUGAGGGAAGAUCCCGAACAACCAUUAAUCCCACUACAUGAAAAUCGUAAAUUAAUCAAGUAUGAAUCUCCUAUUAGAUCUAGUUUGACGCCAGGUGCUAAAUUAGGCGAUCCAGUCCCAGAUGCUAUUCCUGGUACAGCAUGUUCACCACCUAUUCAAGGUUCGGUUUAUAUAUCUGCACCUAUACCCAAUGAUGACUUGGGGCAAUAUUCUACUAGUCCAAAUACAGUACCAAUUCCAGAAUAUGAUGAUGUUAAAAAUGGACGUCGGGCUUACUUGUUCACUCCAAUCUCCCAAUUAAAAGGUGGAGGUGGUUCAACCAAUGCUGUAUAUGCGACAACUCCAGCACUCCCUCAUGGCUCGCCGAAUCAUGAACCAGCUAGAAAUGUUGUAGUUGGUGGUGGUGGUAGCAGUAUCAGCGCCGGUAGUGGCAGCGGUGGUGGUGGUAGUGGUGGUAAUGUGUUGGGCUCUUUGUCUGUGGCACCGUCUAGAAGCCUUCCACUUAGCCGUAUUACCCCCAGUGCAUUAGAUCAUGUGGCUUCGUAUCGCCAAGAAGAAAAACCUCAACUCCCAUCUAGUUACAAGCUGUUACAAGAGCAUUUGCAAGAAAGCCAGGCAAAGAAAUUACAGGAACAGCAAUUGCAGCAAUUUCAACAACAACAGCAGCAACAGCAGCAACAACAACAGCAGCAACACCAACACCACCACCAACAACAACAGCAACAACAACAACAACAGCAGCAGAUUUUCAAAAGACAAUCAACACCUAUACCUUCGAGUAUCACUCCUGUAGGGGUAAACUAUCAUAUUUCUGCACCCGCGUACUCCUCAUUGUAUGUUAGUGGUAGCGGCAGCAGUAUUGGUAGUGGUGGUAGUAGUGGCGCUACUUUUGCAUAUAGAAUAGAAGAGGAUAUAGGUGAAUUGGGUCAUUUUGUUAAUAAGAAACCAAGAAAAAAUGAUGAUGGGGAAGUAGCUGAAGAUAUCAUAUUUUACAGAGCUCCACCUAUCAAAUUAACUGGAAAUAGAAUCAUUACCAAUCUGAGAGUUGAAUUGGGUCAUUCAGCUAAAUAUAUACAUCCCUACGCUCUCUCGUUUUCCCAAGAGAUCAAUGUUAUGAAUAAGCAAUUGAAAGAAUUUCAAGAUUAUUUACUCAAAUCAACAAGGAUUAUUGCGCUAGUAGGAGCCGGUCUCUCAGCAUCGUCGGGAUUGCCUGUGUUUCGAGGGUCUCAGGGAUUAUGGAAAAAUUACAAUAUGAUAGAUUUAGCCACCCCCGAUGCGUUCUAUGUUGAUCCUGGAUUAGUGUGGCAGUUUUAUUCGUGGAGGAGGUAUUCUGCAUUGCAAGCGGUUCCCAAUAAAGGCCAUUUGGCACUACUGAAAUUGUCGAAACUAACACAGAACAAACAAGGAGACGAAAUACAGUAUAUUACAAUUACUCAAAAUGUUGAUGGAUUGAGCAGUCGGAGUGACCAUGAAUUGAGUAAAUUGUAUGAGAUUCACGGAAGUUUGUUUACAUUGAAAUGCACUAGUUUUUCAUGUAAUUUCAUUGAGAGAAACAAUUUUAAAAUCCCAUUGACUAAGGCAUUGGAAGAUACUGAACAUGAAUAUAAGCUGAAUGAGAGAAAGAGAAGUCGAAGAGAGUUAGAAGGCGGCGAUGUUUAUGGCUUGGACAUGAUGGGUGUAGGUAUGGAUACAGAAGCGAUUUCAUUGUCGCCACAGUUUCAUCCGGUCAAAAGUAUACCAGAACUGGAAUUACCGAGAUGCCCUGUUUGUCACGCACUACUACGUCCAGGUGUAGUUUGGUUUGGAGAGUCAUUACCAUUGCAUUUGAUAACUAAGAUUGAUAAUUUCAUAGAAGCAAACGGGAAAGUUGAUUUGAUUUUGGUAAUUGGUACAAGUGGGACAGUUUAUCCUGCCAAUAGUUAUGUUGAGAGAGUCAAAUAUAAAGGUGGGAAAAUUGCGAUUUUCAAUACAGAUAUUGAUGAGAAAGUAGAACGCGGGGAAGUAAAAGAUACUUGGGGAUUUAAAGGCGAUGCUGCUGAGUUGCUUCCAAUGGCUUUGGAGCCUUUGAUUGGGAGGAUAUAA